AUGCAUACCUCUCCCACUCCGAUUUCGCUGCAACCCCGCGAAACCCCUCUUCCCGUCGCUGCCCGACAGGAAGAGACAGGCUUUCAUGUCAUAACUCAGACGAUCUAUCGACCAAGUUCAACUUUCGUCACAUACGUUACACUAGGGAGCGGGCCACCGACAUCAUACUCCGAUGGCAACCCGGCCGACCCGCCAGCCGCUGCUCCGACCACGGACCCACCACCUCCGGACCGAUCAAGCGGAUCCCUAUCAAGCGCACAGAUAGGAGGAAUCCUGGGUGGCAUCGUGGCCUUCGUCGCCAUUGUUCUCAUCGCUUGGUUCUGCAUUUCUCAGAACAAGAGAAGACCAGGACCGCCACCGGACUGGGACUCCUUGUAUUAUGACUCUUCCUCCGAAAGCGGGGUGACCGGGUCCCGUGGGCCGAGGACACCAAGGAUACCUCCGCGGGUCUACCCGACCCGGGGCCGACCAAUGCAAUACGUUCCAAUGCCACAACCACAACCACCCGAACCUUUCCACAUUAAUCGUUACGACGCAUGGAAAGUCAAGACCAAUGGACCAGCUCGCCGUCAGCAACCCCCGCCGCCUCAGCGCUAUCGGACACGGGUUUUUUGA